AUGUUAACGAGCAUAAUCCCAAAUUUAUUUACUACUGGUAAACAUCUUUUAAGACUGUUUAGAUCACAAGGCGUUGGUCCAAACACAGGAGUUCAACCGCUAUCAGGCGACGUAUACCCUCCACAAGCAAACGCAGAUGAUGAAUUAUAUGGUCCAUUACGUGGUUAUUAUAAUCACAACCGUAAUAGGGGUGAAAAUACGAAAAAAAUUCAAAAUAAACGAUCUGGUUUUAAUUCAAAAAUCGUUAUCGUUUUUUUACUGUUAAUAUCUGGUGGUUCACUCGUCGCGUUUUAUUAUCUCAAACGCCACAUUAAAACAGCAUCACGAAACGAUAACGAUACAGAAGAAGAGAGUGGUGGUAAUCAAGCGAGAACAAGUGUAUCAACAAUCGAUGAAUCAUCACAGAAGAUAGUAAUGCCACUGAUCCAUUCAACAACAUCCACUAAUCCACUAUCACCGAUGCUAACAAAAACGCCUGUAAAAAUUUCCGUUCAAUCAUUGGAAGUACAUACUCCAAAACCAAAAAAAAACUUUCAACAUUUUGUAUGGUGA